AUGCGACAUCAUGCGAAGAAGAAAAAAGAUGAUUGUCCUCACAUAAAUCCUUGUACAAGUGACGAAAAGAUCGGAAGUAUUGUUCAGGUGCCGAGUGAACUGACAAGUGAUGAAUAUGGCAUAGUGCACGCGACGUUUACAUUUGAAAUGUUUAUUGAUGAUAUAGGCCAGACGAGAUACUGCUACAAUUACGAAAAUAAAUAUAGAGCACCAACAAUUCGGCUCUGGCCAGGUGAGACAUUACAUUUGAUAUUUAUCAAUAAUAUCAAUACAACAACAAAAGCAAAAUUUAGAUUGAAACCUGGUUGCACCGGGAAUGGGACUUCAACAUCAACGAAUGUCCAUUUUCACGGCUUGAAUAUUCCACCUACAUGCCAUGAAGAUAACGUUGUACACACGGAAAUUGAUGAUAAUGAUAAAUUUGAAUUUUACAUGAAAAUUCCAUUCAACGAACCUUCUGGAAAUUACUGGUAUCAUGCCCAUUUUCACGGUCUAGCUGAUGCACAAGUGUCAGGCGGUGCCACCGGUGCCCUUAUCAUUGAAGGUAUCGAAUAUGAAACAAAAGUAAUAGACGGGUGUUAUGAACGAAUAAUUGUUUUACGCGACGAACCAGUCAACAGCAAGACGUUCACCAGCGAUAUAUCCAUAAAUUGGGUUCCUAUCCGUGUGCCUAAUUUUGAGCCAGCUGUUAUUUUAUCAAAGCCAAAUAGAUGUGAGUUUUGGCGUAUCACAAAUGCUGCUGCCGACCUAUUCUUUAACGUUAGUAUUAUCAACAAUCAAACAAAUAAAGCAUAUCCGUUUGAAAUUAUUGCCAUAGAUAGUAUUGUGAUACGAAAUGAAUAUACUGGUCGACCUGAAACAAUAAUUGCCCAUCAUUAUGCAAUGCCUGUUGCUAGUCGAAUUGAAAUUAAAGUUCAAACACCGCCCAAAGGAGAGGAACUGAUUUUCAUGAAAAACUUUCUUGAUCGAGGAGUGAGUUUUCCAAAUGACCCGGUACGACCAAUAGCUCGAUGGCAAUCAAAAUACGAUGCACCUGAAUUACCAAAAAUCAUGAAAUAUAAAGACAAUUCCAGACAUAAAAUUGAACGUUUUCGUAAAGUACACGAUGAAGUGCCAGCUGUCAAUAGGACGAUCCGAUUUUUUGUGGAUUUUACUAGAAAAGACGGUGCUUUUCUUGUUGUUGUUGACUUCCCAAAUCCAGAACCAGCAGAACCAUUUAAGAUGAAUCAAGCACCGAAUAUCAUCGCUGAUACAGGCACAGUUGAAGAUUGGCGGAUUGAAAAUUGUUCACCAGAGUUACAUUCGUUCCAUAUUCAUCAAAUUCAUUUUAAAGUGUUGGAAAUUUCAGGAGUACCACAGCCCCCAGGGCCUCUGUAUGAUACAUUUAUUCUUCCAUAUUAUGUCAAUGGUACAACAAACGGUACACCAGUCGAUACCACAAAAUGUCCGUAUGUCAAAGUUCGAAUGGAUUUCCGCGAUCCCGAUAUUGCCGGAGACUUUGUUUAUCAUUGUCACAUCUUGGGCCAUGAAGAUGCUGGCAUGAUGGGUGUAAUACGGUUGGUUGAUAACAAUAGGAAAUCCAAACAUCAACCGUAUUACGAGCCGAAAGAAGAUGAUGCAGUAGAUGAAAAACUUCUCUAUCCAAUAUGUCAACCAAAUAAAAUUAUAUCAAUGUAUAAACGUUAUAAACCAUAG